GUCUGGCAGGGCAGGCAACGGCGGCGCAACUGAACUGAACAGAAGCAUUUUGUGUGUGUUCUCGCGACGAAGAAAUUUUUCUUCAACCGAUAAAAUAUAAUAAAUUCUUUGUGUAAAUAAUUGUAUAAAAAUCUAAAUUAUUAAGAAAUUAUUAAAAAUAAACUCAUAAAUUGUGGCAAAAUAAAUAAAGAAAAUCUUAUUCAGAAAAGGAAUCAUAAAAUCGUUAAAUAAAUAAUAACUUUUGUGGGUACUUUUCUAUAUUGAGCUAUUACCACCACCACCACUAGCUAACCAACCCAAGGAAUAGUUUGCAUACAAAAAAAAAAAAAAAAAAUCAAGACAUUAAAAAAUUGUCUGUUUUGUCAUACAACUAAAUAAUUUAAUUAUAUUUUGUGUAAAGUGUAAAAAAAAAACAACAAAGAAGUGUAUAUUAAGUUUAUAUUGUUUUUAAAAGAAUACUCCACAAAACAUUCGUUUUGUUGAUAUUAAGAAGAAAAUAAUUUAUUUGUACAAAAAGUGCAAAACCAGGUUUUUUUAUACAGUUGCAACUUGCAAGACAUACCUAGAACUAUUGAAAAUUUGUGUUUUAUACAUAAUAAUUAAAUCAAUUUUUCUGUCAUUGCGUCUGAAUCCCAACAACAAUAGCAGCAACCAAAAACGUGUAAAAAUUUUCUGUAUAAAAAAAAUUAAUUAGUUUUUAUGCAAAUUAGAUAUCAAUCAACAACAACCAUAAAUAACAUCUAUGUAAAAAGAUUUUUUUUAUAAUAUUGAAAAAUUUCAUCACUGAUCCAUCAUUAUUCUUCUGCAACUACAUAACAACAGCAACAAUCAUCACUGACACAACACUCUCUUUUGUUAUGUGGUGAGAUACUGUAAGAGAAUAAAGAGAAAUAAAUUCAAUUGACAUAAAAGUAAAAUAUAACGGUUUCUUGUAUGUAAAAACAAAUCGAAAGAAAAAAAUAUAUAUUAAAUCAUAAAUAAAUAACAAAGAAGAAAAAAAAAGAAUCCAAUAUAAUCAACCAUUGUCAUCUUUUAAUGUGUAUGCAACACUUUAUUUAAUGUUGUUGUCGUCGUCGUUCGUCAUUUACCACCUUGUCAUUGUGUAAUUAUUUUCGUGUAUAAAAAAAAUAGAAAUUAAAAAUAAUUUUAAGUUAAAAUUUGUGUAAAAAUAUAAAACAACAGUUUAACUUUAUUAAGAAGAAUUGUUAAUUUUUGUAAAAAUUGAUAAGAAAAACAUUACGGGAACGCGUUCGGUAAAUUUUAAAUCGUAACGUUUAACGUGUAUUAAGAAAUAAAAGAAAACCAAACAACAACAAUUUGUGUAAAUUUGCAAAAAUCUCUAAUAAUAACAAACAAAAUUUGUGAGUCUUAAAAGAGAAUAAUUAAAAAGAAACCCGACAAACAAAGAAAAUAAAAUUCGUAUUUUGUAAUUAAAUUAAACAAAAUCUUAACAAAAGUUCUUGCUAAAAAUUGCUCCUUUAACUAACAGCAAGAUUUUGUAUUAAAUAAAAAAUAUAAUAGAAUAAACUUAAUUUUAAACAUCCUAAUUGUGUAAAAUAACGGCCUCAAAAUAGAGCUGCUAUCGACCACUGCAAUAUCCUUUGCCCCCAUUGAGUCCACAGUGUCUUCAACACAUUAUCAGCCACCAACAUCAUCAUCAUCACCAUCGCCCUACUAUUCGACGCCGCUUAAUCAUCAGCAUCAUCAGCAUCACCAGCAACCAAACCAAACAGGGCCAUCAAAUUCAACGUUACAACAUCAUCUUCAGCAACAACAAUAUCAGCGUCAAUCUUUACAUAAUUUUCUACUAGCACCUACUUCUUUAUCAAAUCUGCCCUCAUCGGCAUUACCACAAAAUCAACCAACAUCUAAUUCGUUGAACUCCAGUAGCGCGUCAGCUGUACAAGCUUCAUCUCAUCUACACCAACAACAACAGCAACAAGAACAACAGCAUACAACAACACACAUGAAGUUAUUGGGCAGUAACGAUGACAGACAAGUGCGCGGCGGUGUUGAUCAGUCUGUACCGCGCACUCAAGAUGAUGUUGCUGCUGCCGCUGCAGCAGUAGGUUACGUGUUUCCACGUCCCUCACCGGGUGGAGUUCAACCGGGUGUAGGAAAUUCGGGCGGCAGUAUACAUGAUGUAGCAGCUGCUGAAUAUGCAGCUCAAUUUGCCCAGAAGCAAGCACGUUGGGCCUGUGGUGAUGAACAUACCAUUGAUAAUCCCGAUAAAUGGAAGUACAAUCCUCCAAUGAACCCAGCCAACGCUGCACCUGGCGCACCACCUGGUAGUGGUCCCGGUACAAUUGGUCCCAUUGGUAUGGGCGGUGGCAUGGGUAGUAUGGGCACUAAUGGUGGUUUACAUCCCUCAAUGGGAGGUCCAAAUCAAAUGGGUAAUUCUGCUGCUGCAGCUGCUGCCGCUGGUAUGGCUGCCAUGCAACAGGCCGCUGCCGUUGCUAAACAUAAUCAAAUGAUGUCACAAGUCGCAGCUGCUCAACAUCAGCAUCAUCAACAGCAACAACAACAGCAGCAGCAACAACAACAGCAACAACAGCAGCAACCACCACAUCCUGCUCAUCAGCAGCCUCCUCAUCCUCAACAUCAACAGCAUGGUCCCCCACAUCCAUCACAAAUGCAAUCUCAUCAAUAUAAUUCAAACCUUCUCAAUCACGCCAUGAAUAACCCAGCAGCUGCCGCCGCCGCUGCUGCUGCUAUAGCAGCUGGUAUGACUCAUAUGCAAAUGCCACCAGCAAUGCAAGCUGCAACCGGUAACAUUUAUGAUCAUCCAGGCGUACAUCCAGGCGUAGGCAUGAAUGGUGUUGGUGUACCAAAACCUCCCCCACCCGGACAACCUGGUCCCGGUGAAUUGGUUUAUCUGGGUGGACAACCACAUGCCGCUGCCUUGGGUAUGAUGCAACAACAGAAUCAAUAUAUGAAUAAUCAAGCUGCUGCAGCUGCAGCCGCUUCACGUAAUGCCGCAGCGAUCACUACAUCCACUGCCAAAAAAUUAUGGGAAAAAUCCGAUGGCAAAGGUUCGGCUUCGGCUGGUGUUACCGGUGGCCCCUUAAAUCCUUUACACAUUGGAGAUCCUCAUGUUUGGAAAGAUUCACCCUGGUCGACACAGAGUGAAGCAAUAUUGCCACGACCUCGUACAUUUCCACAAGCACCGGAUACAUCGGCGAGUGGAAAUGCUGGAAUAUUGAGCCCACGUGAUUCAACAAGUGGUUUAGGCGUUAAAAUGGUGGAAUACGUUUUAGGCGGUUCACCAACAAAUAAAGAAAGUCCUUUAUCUGGCUUGGAACCUCGCUUGAGGGCAUUGAAGUUCGAUGAUAAUGAUAAGUCACACGAUGAUAAAGAAAAGGCAAAUUCUCCAUUCGAUACGAAUGGCUUAAAGAAAGAUGACCAAGUGACCACAACAAAUGGUGUUGUCAAUGGUAUUGACGAUGAAAAAGGAUUCAAUCGUACACCUGGUUCUCGGCAACCCUCACCAGCUGAAGAAAACCUACCACGUCCUCCCACUCUACUCGAUCCCAGUCAACAUGCUGGUUUUCCACCACACGCCUUUAAUCACAUGUUGGGCGCUGCUGGCAUGGAUCAUCCUGGCAAUAAUUCCGGUUCCGGUGGACCCGGUGCUCCUGGUCAACAAAUGAAUUCAACAUUUACUCAUCAUCAAAUGCCACAGAUGAAUCAAUUACAACCGCCUGUCAUGAAUGGUGUGGGUGGCAUGCAAAUGGCACAGAGUCCCAUGUUAAAUCAUCAAGGUCAAGGCCCUAAUCAAAUGGAAUCUCCUGGUAAUCUAUUGCAGCAACAACCACCAAAUUUUGAUGUUCAGGUAAGUGAUGAUCUGCUUGCAAAUGCCUUAAAUCAGAAUCAAGUAAGUUUUGACUUCAAUGAAUUCCUGAAAAAUCCUGUCGAGCAAUUAUUCCGCUCACAAAAUCCUGGCCUUGCUGCUGCUACAAAUGCUGCCGCCGCCGCUGCAGCAGCUGCGGCUGCCACAACAGCUGGUGCACCUCCUGGCGCACCCAAUGGCACAAUGCAACCCCAACAAAUGCAAAUGGCUGCUGCUUCACAACAAUUCUUGGCUGCCCAACAGAAUGCUGCAUACGCAGCACAACAGGCAGCACCCUACGUGAUUAAUCCGGGUCAAGAUGCAGCACCCUAUAUGGGUUUAAUAGCUGCACAAAUGCCACAAUAUUAUGGUGUUGCACCUUGGGGCAUGUAUCCAGGCAAUUUAAUACCACAACAAGGCACACAACCAAGAAGGCCGUUAACGCCAUCACAACAAGGGGCCGAAAAUCAAUCUUAUCAGGUCAUACCGGCAUUUUUUGAUCAGAGCGGUUCGCUUGUUAUGGGACCACGUACAGGAACACCAAUGCGCCUUGUUAGUCCAGCACCUGUUUUAGUGCCACCAGGCGCCGCACGUGCCGGACCACCACCACCACAAGGUCCACCCCAACUAUAUCCGCCACAACCCCAAACAGCACAACAGAAUUUAUAUUCACAACAAAAUGGUUCAAGUGUUGGAGGUCUUGCUUUGAAUACAUCAUCAUUGACCGGAAGACGAGAUUCAUUUGAUCGCACCACUUCUGCCUUCAGUCCCUCAGCGAUGGAUUAUACCAACAGUAAUGCUGCUGCCGCCAAUGCGGUUUCGACCACAGUAGCACAAGCAGCCGCCGCAGCAGCUGCUGCUGCCGCUGCUCGGGGAAAAUGGCCGGGUGCAGUGACCAAUACAUAUGGUGCUUUAGGAGCAACAGCUUCAGCCAGUCCCAUCGGAGCUGCCAUUACACCACCUCCACCACCACAAUCGUGCCUAAUUAAUAAUCGUGCUCCAGGAGCAGAAACUAAAUAUCGUCAACAAAUGGCUGUGGGUUUGCCACCAGCUGCAGCAGCUGCCCAAGCGGCGGCCGUAGCAGCAGCCGCUAACAAUAUGUUUGGUUCAAAUAGUUCAUUAUUCUCUAAGCACUUGGCUAUACCGGGUACGACACCAGCCGCAGCUGCUGCUGCAGCAGCUGCCGCCGCCGCUGUGGCUGCUACCAGACAAACAGUGACAGCCGGUGUGGGAAGUGUAGGUGCGGCCGCCGCAGCAGCUGCAGCAGCAGCCGCGGCUGCUGGUGGUGCUGCCCAACCGGGUCGUUCGCGUCUCCUAGAAGAUUUCCGCAACCAACGUUAUCCAAAUCUCCAGUUGCGUGACUUGGCCAAUCACAUAGUCGAGUUUUCACAAGAUCAACAUGGCUCCCGUUUCAUACAACAGAAACUUGAACGUGCUACCGCGGCUGAAAAGCAAAUGGUCUUUAAUGAAAUCCUAGGUGAUGCCUACAGUCUCAUGACUGAUGUCUUUGGCAAUUAUGUCAUACAGAAAUUCUUUGAAUUCGGUACUCCCGAACAGAAAAACACCUUGGGCAUGCAGGUCAAAGGCCAUGUACUACAGUUGGCUCUACAAAUGUACGGCUGCCGGGUCAUACAAAAAGCCUUGGAAUCGAUUUCGGCCGAACAGCAACAAGAAAUUGUACGUGAGUUGGAUGGCAACGUUUUGAAGUGUGUCAAAGAUCAGAAUGGCAAUCAUGUUGUACAGAAAUGCAUUGAAUGCGUUGAUCCCUCAGCAUUGCAGUUCAUCAUAAAUGCCUUCAAGAGUCAGGUGUAUUCGUUAAGCACUCAUCCCUACGGUUGUCGUGUUAUACAACGCAUUCUAGAGCAUUGCACUGCGGAGCAGACACAGCCCAUAUUGGAUGAAUUACAUGAACAUACAGAACAAUUGAUACAGGAUCAAUAUGGCAAUUAUGUUAUACAACAUGUAUUGGAACAUGGCAAACCUGAGGAUAAAUCAAUUUUAAUUAAUAGUGUACGAGGCAAAGUAUUGGUUUUGUCACAACACAAAUUUGCUUCCAAUGUUGUUGAGAAGUGUGUUACACAUGCUACACGAUCUGAGCGUACAGCACUUAUUGAUGAAGUCUGUACAUUUAAUGACAAUGCCUUACACGUUAUGAUGAAAGAUCAGUAUGCCAACUAUGUGGUACAAAAAAUGAUCGAUGUCUCGGAACCGACACAACUUAAGAAACUCAUGAAUAAAAUACGCCCACAUAUGGCGGCGCUACGCAAAUACACCUACGGCAAACACAUUAAUGCCAAAUUGGAAAAGUAUUUCAUGAAAACCUCCAAUCCCAUCACAACAACAGCCACCAGCACACCAGGCGUAGUGGGUGUCGGUAUAGGUAUAGCUGCCUCCUCGGCUAAUACCACAGCAGGCAUAACAGUAACAGCGGGCAAUACCAUAACAACAGCAGCUGCCAUUACCACAGCAGCAAAUACCGCCACAGCCACAGCAGUUACACCGGCUGCUGUCAGCCAGCAAUCGUUAGAGAAUGGCAUCAGUGUAAGCACACCUAUGGACACAAGUGCUGUCAAUGUCAGCAACUCGGUGACAUCUGUAGUGACUAGCACAAAUUUGGGACCCAUUGGUCCACCCACCACAAAUGGGGUUUUGUAAGCUGGAUUUUUUACGUAACACACUUGAAAAUAGAAUCUAAAUUUUCUUUCGUUUAAUUUAAGACUUUUUAGUUAAGAGCAAAGUUUGAUAAACAUAAUUAAUGUUAGACUUUAAGACAACAGCAAACAUUUCUGAAACAAAAAAAAAUCAUUUAGAUAAUAUUAUUAAUUAAAAACAAAUCAAAAACUCGUUAUAAUGAGUUAAAGAAGAAAAGAAAAACUUCAAAUUGAUGAUAUAAAUAUGAAAACAAAGGAGAUUCUAAAGAGUAACUCCAAACCAAAAGCCAACGCUUAAAGGUUUAAAUGAAAUAGAAAAAAACUUACGAUUUUAAAUUUAUUAAAAAUUAACAACAAAUAAGUGAUUUUUUAAAAAUAACCCACAACAACAAGAAAUUGUAUAAAAAUAUAAAAUUUUUUUUAAAAAGAAUAAUUAAAACAACAUUUUGCUGAUAAUUAUUAUAAAUAUAAAGAAGAUGAAGAAAAAAAGAAGAGAAAUCAACCCAAGAGAACACACACAAUUUGUUUAAGUUUAGUGGUAAUUUUUAUUAUUAUAAUUAUAAUUAAAUACUAUAAAUACAUAACUAUACAUACUUACAUAAUUAUAUUUUUAAGACUAAAAAGCAAACAACACAAGAAAAGCAUGUUUCGAAGAGUUAUUAAUAAUAUAUUUUUUUAAUUUAUCUUUUUUAAACCAAAGCUUUCUUUGCUUUGCCAAAUUAAAAAAAUUAUUUGGAGAGUUUUUAUAGACAAAACAUUUAAAAAAAAAACUUUUCAGAAUACUGCAAAAUGUUUCUGAUAAAAUCGUAUAAACUGAAACUCUCUUGAUUAUAAUAAUUUCGAAAAAAAUUUCAAUUUUAUUAAUCACGUUUUGAUUUAAAGAAAUGCCACUUAAACUCUCGCUUUAAUCUGCCACUUGCUAGUAAAAAUAAAACAAAAUAACAUUUUGAAACUGUUUUUUUUUUUAAUUUUAUGAAAAUAUUUGUAAUAAUUGUUUGAACGAAAAUUUGAAAAAAACAUAAAUAAUUCCUAAACUGUUAGUUAAGAGACUUUUAGUAACUGUAGUUUUUUUUUGUUUUUUGCUUUUAAGAAAACUGAUUGAUUGUAAAACUUUAUUAUUUAAUUAUUUUGUUUAUAAUUUUUAAGUGUAAAUGUAGAUUUUAUUAUUUCAACUCCAACCACCACCCCCCCCCACUCUCUCCCCUUUACUUAUUCUACUAAUGUAAUUUUAAGUGUAAGUGAAAAAAAACAAAAACAAAACCAAAACUAUUUAACAAAUUAUGUUCAAUGUAAAAUUUGUAAUGUUUCAAAA